AUCUGCUAAUGGAUAACUGCAUAUAUCAAAAACGAGGAAGUCAGAAAGGAACAGCGCACUGCAGUAUACUGCACAAAUAACCAGCCCGCUAGCAGGUACUCCGCUACCAGAAAUGAUGAGAUGACUGUUUAAGAAUAAAAUGCUGAUUUAAACAGACCUUAGAAGUGGAUUGUGGAACAAUCUCCAAAUUAGGAGACUACAAUACGGUCACCAGAAGGGAAGUGAAUCAAUUAUUACGGUAAAAUGGGGAGUAAGGAGCGAUACCACUGGCAGAGCCACAAUGUCAAACAGAGUGGAGUGGAUGACAUGGUUCUUCUGUCUAAAAUCACAGAGGAAGCUAUUGUGGAAAACCUUAAGAAACGCUACUUGGAUGAUUACAUUUUCACAUAUAUCGGCUCAGUGCUCAUCUCAGUAAACCCUUUCAAACAGAUGCCUUACUUCACAGACAGGGAAAUUGAAAUUUAUCAAGGAGCUGCUCAAUAUGAAAAUCCACCUCAUAUUUAUGCUCUAACAGACAAUAUGUACAGGAAUAUGUUGAUUGAUGCAGAGAACCAGUGUGUUAUAAUCAGUGGUGAAAGUGGAGCUGGCAAAACAGUAGCAGCUAAAUAUAUUAUGGGGUACAUCUCCAAAGUGUCAGGAGGAGGAUCAAAGGUCCAGCAUGUAAAAGAUAUCAUCCUACAGUCGAACCCUUUGCUUGAGGCCUUUGGAAAUGCCAAAACUGUACGAAACAACAAUUCCAGUCGAUUUGGAAAGUAUGUCGAAAUUCAGUUUAGUCGUGGUGGAGAGCCAGAUGGAGGUAAAAUCUCAAACUUUUUGUUGGAGAAAUCCCGCGUCGUUAGCCAGAAUGAGAAUGAGAGGAACUUCCACAUAUAUUACCAGCUGCUCGAAGGGGCUUCAGCAGAGCAGGUUGAAAAUCUAGGCAUCGCUGAUCCUACGUAUUACUUCUACUUAAACCAGUCAGGCACCUACAAGGUGGAUGGGACAGAUGACAAAAAAGAAUUCAAUGAAACAAUGAAUGCCAUGCAAGUCAUAGGUAUAACAGCAGAGAUUCAGAUGAUGGUACUACAGAUUAUUGGUGGAAUUCUGCACCUUGGAAACAUAAGUUUUACUGAAGUCGGGAAUUAUGCUGAAGUGGAAAAUGAGGCUCACUUGGCUUUUCCUGCAUUCCUGCUGGGAAUCAAUGAAAUGAAGUUGAGAGAGAAAGUGACCAGCAGGAAAAUGGACAGUAAAUGGGGAGGCAAGACAGAAUCCAUCAACAUGACCUUAAAUGUGGAGCAGGCAGGAUACACCCGAGACGCACUAUCGAAAGCCCUCUAUGCGCGGUUAUUUGAUUAUUUAGUAGACGCUGUUAACAAGGCAAUGCAGAAACCAUAUGAGGAAUACAGUAUAGGAGUGCUGGAUAUAUAUGGCUUUGAAAUUUUUCAGAAAAAUGGAUUUGAACAGUUCUGCAUUAAUUUUGUAAAUGAGAAGCUUCAGCAGAUUUUCAUUGAGUUAACCCUCAAAGCUGAACAGGAAGAGUACGUGCAGGAGGGGAUUAAAUGGACACCCAUUCAAUAUUUCAAUAACAAAAUUGUCUGUGAUCUGAUAGAAAACAAACUUAAUCCACCUGGAAUUAUGAGUGUCCUGGAUGAUGUCUGUGCCACUAUGCAUGCCACAGGAGAAGGAGCAGAUUCAACUCUGCUACAAAAGCUCCAGGCUGCCGUAGGAGGUCAUGAACAUUUUAAUAGCUGGAAUCAAGGAUUUAUAAUACAUCACUAUGCUGGAAAGGUAUCGUAUGAUGUGAAUGGAUUUUGUGAACGCAACAGAGAUGUUCUCUUCACCGAUUUGAUAGAGCUAAUGCAAACCAGUGAAUACCCCUUCAUUCAAAUGCUGUUUCCAGAAAAUCUACAAAAUGAGAAGAAAGGCAGGCCAACCACUGCAAGCAUGAAGAUUAAGAAACAAGCAAACGACCUGGUAAGCAAGUUAAUGAAGUGUACUCCACAUUACAUUCGCUGCAUAAAACCAAAUGAGACUAAGAGACCCAGAGAUUGGGAGGAGAGCAGAGUGAAGCAUCAAGUUGAAUAUCUGGGACUGAAAGAAAAUAUCCGAGUCCGCCGAGCAGGGUUCGCUUACAGGAGAGCUUUCCCAAAAUUCAUACAGAGGUAUGCUAUCCUUACACCAGAGACCUGGCCUUAUUGGCGUGGCGAUGAGCGCCAAGGGGCUCUGCAUCUUCUUCAUUCUGUCAAUAUUGAUACUGACCAGUACCAAAUGGGGAAAACCAAAGUAUUUGUAAAGAAUCCAGAAUCGCUUUUCCUUUUGGAAGAAAUGAGAGAACGGAAGUUUGAUAAAUUUGCAAGAACCAUUCAAAAAGCAUGGAGGAAAUACAUUGCACAAAGAAAGUAUGAACAGAUGAGAGAAGAAGCCUCCAGCAUACUUUACAACUUCAAGGAACGAAGAAGGAACAGUAUUAACCGAAACUUUGUUGGUGACUAUCUUGGCAUUGAAGACCGACCAGAGCUACGGCAAUUUCUUGGGAAGCGGGAGAGGAUAGACUUUGCAGACUCUGUCACCAAGUUUGACAGAAGAUUUAAGGGUAUAAAGCGUGACCUUAUACUCUCCGCAAAGUACAUUUAUCUCAUUGGUCGAGAAAAAGUUAAAAAGGGGCCUGAAAAGGGCCAAAUCAAAGAGAUCCUAAAGAGAAGAAUUGAAAUUCAGAACAUUACUGCUGUUUCUAUGAGCACCAGGCAAGAUGAUUUUGUUGUCCUGCAUGAACCAGAGUAUGAUAGUCUCCUGGAGUCCAUUUUUAAGACUGAAUUUGUUAGUCUUCUGUGCAAACGAACUGAAGAGUUAACACAUCAGAAAUUACAGCUCAAAUUCGCUGACUCCAUACAAUUCAAAAUCAAGAAGGAAGGCUGGGGAGGUGGUGGUACUCGAAAUCUGAUAUUCACCCGAGGCCAGGGGGACAUGGUGGUGCUUAAACCUGCAGGGAAGACACUUAACAUUAGCAUUGGAGAUGGAUUACCCAAAAAUUCAAAGCCAACAAGGAAAGGUGUUGUUGCACAGAGCAGACGAUUUACAAAAGGUACUCCAAACAGAGCUGCCCCACCACCGCCAUCAGGGCAAUGUCGGAAUGGUGCACCAAGAUUCCCACAAAAUAAUCAGACGAAACAGGAUCAAACCUAUUCCAGACCCAUGAAAGGACCAAGAAUAUGCACCAUCAGUUCUGAAAUGCCUUCGCUGCCAAAACAAGGUGCAACCACUAAAGCAAGAAGAACAACAAACAAUGAUGCUAAUAUGGAAUUCAUGAAAGUUCCUGAUCAGGGAGUUGCAGGAGUGCAAAGAAGAAGAAGUGUAUCUCAAAGACCUCUGCCUGGUGUGGGCCGCCCAAAACCACAAACACAGCGUCCAAGAUGUAGGGCACUCUAUCAGUACACAGGGCAGGAUGUAGAUGAAAUCAGUUUCAAUGUCAAUGACAUCAUUGAAAUCCUUCUUGAAGAUCCGUCAGGAUGGUGGAAGGGUCGUUUACAUGGAAAAGAAGGUCUUUUUCCAGGAAAUUACGUGGAGAAAAUAUGAACUAUUGUGAACUUGGUUCCAAAUCUGGCAGAGAAUCAGAAGCAAAGAAAAAUGGAUCAGCUAAUGGACAACCUGUGCAACAGAGCGAUCAUCCAAGAGGAACUUUUUAUUCAGGAAUGGCUUCAUUCUCAAUACGCAUUUAUGGGAACUGAAACUGGCCUUUCAGCAGCUCCUAUUUGUUCCAACAUUCAAUUAGAUCAUAACUAAUCUGCAUCUCAACUCCAUCUACCUACCAUUAUAACAAUAAAGCUGCUUAAAAAAUCAGUUUAAACUGGGGUUUUACAGUCACAAUUUAUAACCAGUGCUGUAAUUAAGACAUCAGUGAAAACCCUUGUUUAAAAAGAAAUUAGCAGGAGAUUUGAAUGUAUAUACAUACAUUUUGUAGCUUUUACUUGUUAUAAGGUUUGAUAAGCAAAUGAAGCUUAGCUAAAACUAUUGAGUUAGCAUAAAUUAUUUGUAUUAUCUUUCCCUUUUGCUAUAGGAUACAAACCACCAAUGAAAAAUGUCUAUUUUGAGGUAGAUUUUGUGUUGGAAGGUACUUAGCACAAAUAGGGCACAUUCAAGCCAAUUAGGAGCAGUACUUUGAUAAUGUCUUCUUGCUUAGUACACAAUAAAAUGUAACAUGAGUUACAAGAAGAAGUACUGACAAUUACAGGGCAACAUACAGUAUUGCCUGCAAUUCUGGUCUCCCUCCUAUACAAAGGAUAUUGUGAAACUAGGAAGGGUUCAGAAAAGAUUUAUGAGGAUGUUGCCACAGUUGGAGGGUUUGAGCUAAAGGGAAAGGGUGAAUAGGCUGGGGAUAUUUUCCCAGGAGUGUCGGAGGCUGAGGAGUGGCCUUAUAGAAAUUUAUAAAAUCAUGUGGGGUAGAGAUAGGGUAAAUCAGCAAGGUCUUUUCCCUGGGUGGGGAAGUCCAAAACUAGAGGGCAUAGGUUUAGCUGAGAGGGUAAAGAUAUAAAAGGGACCUAAAGAGCAACUUUUGCAGGCAGAGGUUGGUGCAUGUCUGGAAUGAGCUACUAGAGGAAGUGGUAGAGGCUGGUACGAUUACAACAUUUAAAAGACAUCUGGAUGGCUACAUGAAUAGGAAGGGUUUAGAAAGAUAUGGGCCAAAUGCUGGCAAAUGGGACUAGAUUUAUAUAGGAUAUCUGGUCGGCAUGGACAAGUUGGUCCAAAGGGUCUAUUUCCAUGCUGUAUAAGUCUUUGAAUCUAUGUGCAUUAGAUUGUUUAUUUAAAGGGACAGUUACUCAGGGAUUGGUUCAGUAAACCUCAUUCAACUGUCAUGUCGCCUUCUAUUUCCUGUCUUCAAAUUUCCCGUCAGUGACAUCAUCAAAAUCAUAGCAUAAAGUUGCAUAUGAUUGCUGACAACACCCAUCUCUACCUCACUAAAGGAAAGGCAAAUUUGCCACAGUCUUACCAGACAAAGGGCUGCUCUCUCCUUAAAGAGAGACAACUGGUGGUGCUUUAACCUGAGGUGACAAUGCCUCAAGUUAGGGGAGAAUUUGAGAAGGAGGAUCCUUCAUGGUAACCUCAAGUGCCAGGGAAUUGAACCCACACUGUUGGCACCACUCUGUACUGUAAGCCAGUCAUCCAGCUAAUCUGAGCUAACCAACAUUCAUCUCUACCGUGCCUUAGUCCCUGCAUCAUCUCUAAGUUGUCAGACUCUUGUUCAACAUCCAGUAUUGGAAGAGAAAAAUGUUCUUCCACAAAAUAUCAAGAAAACCAAUGUUAUGAUCUAUUGUCUUAGCAACCAACUUCAUUCCUGUGCCUAGUAAAUAUCAAAGCAGACUGUUUGCAACACUGUUGUUGUGUUUGACCCUAGCAUGAGCGACAAACUGCACUUUCAUGUGAUCACGAGUCUGUCGACUUCCAAUUCUAUGACAAUGCCCACAUCCUAUCCCACCUCCUCCACUCAUCUGUUGCUGAAUUAAUAAUCUUUAAGGCCCCACCCCCAUCCAUUAUUGUUAGAUUUAAUCCUAAACUAGGCAAGAUUUCAGAUCAUUAAAAAAUUUAGUCAAUGUUACUAAUUAUAAACUUGGUCCUGUAAUGAAAUGUCCUCCCUAUUAGAAGUUUUCAAACUAGCAAAAUUAUCUCAGGAUAGAAUCUAUCUACAGAUAAACUACAACAGAAUCAACUUGCCAAGCGAACCAAUAGAAUCCUAGCUUAGGAAUUCAAGGAUAUUGUUAUCCAAUUGUGGGUUCUUGUAGAAUUAAGUGUGAAACUACAAACCUCUAAUUACUUAAGAAUAUUUAUUAUAGGAAUCAGUUCUGAUUUACAUUGUAAUAAUGAGUACAAUAUAAUUGAUUAUAGAAUAAUUAAGGACAAUCAAUUCACUUAGAACCAGGGGACACAGUUAAGAAGGAGAGCCCUCUCUCUCUCCAUGGAUGCUGCCUGGCCCACUGUGAUCUCCAGCAAUUUGUGUUUUCAAAACAUUGAAUGUUUUCAAGAGGAACUAAAUAUAGUUCUUUGGGGCUAAAGGGAUCAAAAGGUAUGGGGAGAUAAGGUACUUAGUUACAUUAUUAGCCAUGAUCAUACUGAGUGCUGGAGAAGACUUGAUGGGCUAAAUAACCUACUCCUGCUUCUAUUUUCUCUGUUCAUAGGAUCACAGAAUUCCUACAGUGUGGCAACAGGCCAUUCAGCCCAUCAAAUCCACAUUGACCCUCUGAAGAGCAUCCUACCCUGACCCAAUCCCUAUUGUUUAUAUAUAGCAACAAAACUAACGAAAGUAAAUAUUCAACAACAUAUCUACUUUAUAAGGAGUGGUGACUAGAUGUUCAAUUAAAAGCUGUUAUGUUGUGAAAAUUCUGCUUUAAAUUUAAACACAACCUUUAAAUCUCAAAGGAAAAACUGGAUAGUCAAACAAAUAUGUUAAGAAGAUCAUUUUCACAAUCCAAGUAUAGUUUCUCAGUAAAAUGAAGUGCCUUUGUCUCAAGCAUUCAUUAAUAGCAAAUUAACAGGAGAGCCUAGCAGACCAGACUGUACGUGCUGUUAACACAAAACAGUUUUGGUCUAUCUCUGCUGAUCCGCAAAGCUAAAUUUUUAACAAUAAAUUACUGUUCUCUGUAGGUCUAGAAAAACAUUGUUAUUAUUUAGUGUCAUCAAAGAUGAAAAAAUUGAUGGAUCAAAAUAAUCUGUUUUCAAAAAAUCUGAUUCUCAGUAAACAGGGGCAAAGUCAUCCAUACCUCCAUAACCAUUUGUAACACUAUAAGCUUGCUUCUGGCAAAGCUUCAGAUUCUCAUACUGCCUAAUUCAGAAAUUAAAUUUAACACCUUAAUUGCUGAAUUACUUUGGUGAUUAUCUUCACAGCUGAAACCCUCACUCAUGGCUUUGUUACUUCUGGAUUUAACAAUUCUAAGACAGUCUAAUCUGGCCUCUUAUCUCUAACCCUCUCUAAAUUUGAGAUAGUCUAAAAAUCUGCUAUCUAUCCUAACUGCAAACGUUCCACUUACCCCAUUACCCAUUAGCUUGCUGGACUAUAUUGUCUCCCAAUCUAAUGAACCUCAACUGUAAUGUUCUUAUUCCUGUCUUCAACUACCUUGUUGCUUUCUCCUCUCCCUAUGUUUGUAACCUCCUGUAGCUCAUUAACAGUCCAAUUCACUACUCUUCCAAUUCUGACCUCUGCUGCAUCACUUGUUUUAAUUGAAUGACAAUACCUAGACCCUAAACUGUGAAAUUCCCUCCCUCAACUUCUCUAUCUCUCUACUUCCUCCUCCUCCUCUUAGAUAUUUCUUAAAAGCUAUCCAUUUGACAAACUUUUCAAUCAUCUGGCCCAAUGUUUCUUCAUGUAGUUCGACAUCCAGUCUUACUGAAUAAUAUUCCUAUGAAGUGACUCAGGUCUUUGCCAGAAGUGUUAUAGGAAUUUAAGCUUUUGCUGUAAAGCACAAAAAAAACGAUACUGGAAAAAGGAUAGGAUGUCAAAAUCCAUCACCUAUGGCCUCAACAGGUCCAAUUCUCAGAAAGCUAGACUAACCUCUUGCCCACUUUGUCCUCUGAAUGGACUGUGAGUGAGGUUAUACUAGAAAAAAAUGAAAACUGUGUGAAAUCACAGACCUAUCAUUACAGAAAAUGCAUGUCAUUCAAAAGUUUAAUAAAAAAACUUUGGGUGCGUUCAAUUUUUCUAAAUAGUAUGUUUCUUAAUACAUUAUGUGAGAAUGACACAAUCAGUUGAGCUUGCUAUAUAUUUUUAUAUCCUAAGGAUUAAGUCUUUGAUAUGUGUCUUUUUUACCUUUGUAAGAACUCUUGAUUUUGCAGUUUUUCAUUUCCAAAGAUAACCCACAAAGUUGCACUUAUGUAAGACCUUUAAAGGAGUUAAAGUUCCCAAGACAGAGCCAGCAAGGAGAUAUGAGGAUGGAUGAUCAAAAGUCUGGUCAAAGAGCUGGUGGAGCACCAAUGGCUGAGUGAUGAAAAUCAGGCAUGUGGAUUUUAUUAUUCAUCACGCAGAGAAACAAACUCACUCCAAGCCACCAUGAACAAAAUUAAACCAAAUAAAUUAAUUUCUCUGAAACUGAACCCUAAUAAUGUGCAGAAAGAGUAAUCACUAUUUUGUCUCACCUUCCUGGAGUAUACAUUGUGCAUCCUACUGUUGGUCAAAGCAAAUCUAUAUUUAAAUUAGGUGAGAUAACAAGGUGUAGAGCUGGAUGAACAUAGCAG